AAGACACGAUAACAUCCAGCAAAGGGCUCCACUUGAAACUACAGUUAUGCAGAUUGCUUCCUCUGUUUUUUCUCAAGCUUUGGAUAAAGAAAACUCAGAUUCUCCAAAGAAAUGGGAGACUGGUCCAUUCUUGGCCGCUUCCUAACCGAGGUUCAAAACCAUUCCACAGUCAUUGGCAAGAUCUGGCUGACAAUGCUGCUCAUCUUCCGGAUCUUGCUUGUGGCCCUGGUGGGGGACGCUGUCUACAGUGACGAGCAGUCCAAGUUCACCUGCAACACCUUACAGCCUGGCUGUAAUAACGUCUGCUAUGACACUUUUGCUCCUGUCUCACACUUGCGCUUCUGGGUCUUUCAGAUUGUUCUAGUCUCCACACCCUCCAUCUUCUACAUUAUCUACGUCUUGCAAAAAAUCACUAAGAAUGAAAAGACAGAGGAUAAGAAGGUUGAAGUGGUGCCCAGGUCCUCACCUUUACUAGAAAGGGACAAACACAUGGGAGGAGAUAAAGAGACAACGCUGGAAGCUGGCAGUCCUUAUAACACAACCUAUGAUAAUGAGGACUGGAGCUCACAGGAAGGUGAGUGUAAGGAGAUGAGCCAGCUGGAGGAGGAAAUGAGAGAGGUAGGAAAGGACCCAACCCAGCUCUCCAGCCAAGUACUGCUUAUUUACAUCAUACACGUUUUGCUGCGCUCCAUCAUGGAGAUAAUCUUCCUCAUUGGGCAGUAUUACCUAUUUGGAUUUGAAGUCCCACACCUUUUCCGCUGUGAGACCUACCCCUGUCCAAACAGGACUGACUGCUUUGUGUCCCGAGCCACAGAGAAGACCAUCUUUCUCAACUUCAUGUUCAGUGUCAGUCUAGGUUGCUUCAUUUUGAACAUUGUGGAGCUGCAUUAUCUAGGCUGGAUUUAUAUUUUCAGAGUAUUGUUCUCAGCAUGCUGCACAUGCUGUGAGUCAGAUAGAAACCCCAUGCAACACGUGGAUUUAUACUCCGAUAACAACCCACUGUUGCUGGAGCUCAAACACUCACUCCGUGGCAGGGUUGUCCUGCAGACCACCUCUACCAUGUCCCGGGACAAGAGCAGCGGUGUCCCAAACCAAGGCCCGGCCAUCUCCUUUGAGACAGACUCCACACUGGAGUGUACUUCGAAGAGAAAUCCAGAUGAAAAGGAACGCAGCAAGACUAGACUGCACAAUAUGGCCAAAAUAGGAAGAGGCAAAAAGUCAUGGCUGUAAAUAAUUUCAAACCAUAUCUUUCUUUUGUACUGUAAAUAUAUCCCAUCCAUGACUGUCCUUGUAUAUCUCUAAAUUCAACUUGUCAGGAUGGAUCAGUUAAAGUAAGUUAUGACGUUUGUGAUUAUUAAAAUGAUUUCGACAAUUUCAGGGAGAAACUGUGACAGAUUCAGUGUACUAGUUUCUAAUCGCAGACAAUUGCACAAGCAAAAGAGUACUUAACAUUGUUAAGCCAGAAUUUUGAAAUGAUUGGGAGAUAUUGCAAUUUGUUUACCAUUCUU